UCACAAUAACAAAAUACUUUGUCAGGGGUUAAAUAUCUGAGAGGGAUGGUGGAUGAUUUAUUCUUGUAGAAUUCUGCUAAGAUUCUCAGUAAAGAGUAAAAUCAUGUUGGGUGUGGUUACGCUCUGAUUGUACUUCUGCAGUCUCACUGUGUGUGUGUGCAAUAUGUCGUAGCCUCUUCUCCAGGAGAGGGAAUUCAGAUGAUGCUUUCUCCGUCUCCAUGGCCUCCUGUCUGUCUGUCUCCUCUCUGACGUCCUUUCCUCAUCUUCUUCUCAGUGGCAGGAUGGCAGGGGUCAAUGGAGACCGCAAAGGGAAGAAGGAUGACAAUGGUAUCGGCACAGCCAUUGAUUUCAUGCUUUCCAAUGCUAAGCUUGUGCUGGGGGUGGGCGGAGCGGCAAUGCUCGGCAUUGCAACACUAGCUGUCAAAAGAAUGUAUGACCGUGCCAUAAGUGCUCCCACCAGCCCCACCAAGAUGGAGCAGACAGGGCAGAGAAGCUGGGAAGAGCCUGCCUGGAUGGGUUCGUCACCACGGGUACUGAACCGUGACAUGAAGUCCACAGUUAGCAGGUCACUACAGUCUCUGCCCACUUCUUCACAUGCGUUUGAACCAGACAGCCUAUUUGGAGGAAUCUUGCUCUUCCUCUACAACUGUCUGCGAAGGGCCGUGGGCCGUGCUGCUGUGGGGGGCAGUGGUGCCACGCAGACUGACCUGCUGCGGGCCCGGAUGCGCUUGUCUCUGCAGGAACAUCUGUGGGAGUUCUACCAGCAUAACGUGAACAUACCUAGUGAGGAGCAGGCUGUGGCCAGGAGGGCAGCGCUGGACAUCUGUGCAGAACUCAGGGUGUUUCUUCACGCCAAACUGCCUGACAUGCCGCUCCGAGAGAUGUACCUUAGUGGCAGCCUGUAUGAUGAUCUGCAGGUGGUCACAGCAGACCACGCCCAGCUUAUGGUGCCUCUUAUCUUGGAGAAGAACCUGUGGUCGUCCAUCCCUGGGGAGGACACUAUCAUGAAUGUCCCUGGUUUCUGGCUUGUUCGUAGGGAGAACUUGGAAUAUUUCCCACGGAAUAGCAGCUACUGGGACCGCUGCAUGGUCGGAGGUUACCUCUCCCCUAAAACAGUCCUCGAGGUCUUUGACAAGCUUGUGGCCGGCUCCAUCAACUGGCCAGCUAUAGGGAGUGUUUUGGACUAUGUCAUCCGUCCUGUGGUUCCCUCCGAAACACUGACCCUGGAGGUACAGUACGAGACGGACAGGAAGCUGUACGUAGACUUCUUACCCUUACUUGUGAUGGAGGAUGGAACCUCGUUGAUAGCUAAACCACAUCGGCUUGUAGCGGAGCGCCAUGAAAACCUUUGGCGGCAGAGCUUCCGCGUGGCUGAGACGGCACGACUCCGGGCUCUGGAUCAGGAGGAUGGAGGCUGCCGAAGCGCCUGCCUAAAGGUAGCGAAGGCGGUGUGCAAGCUCAACCCUGCACUUCACCGGCUCAAUGCCAGCCAGCUCACCAAUUCAAUCUUGUUGUUGAGCGAAAAAGAAGGCGACUGGACCCAGGAAGCACUGGCUGAUCGCUUCCUUCAGCUGCUACGAGCGCUAGUGGGACACUUGGAGGCCGGCAGGCUGCCGUGUUCCCUCAGCCCUAAAGUUAACUUAUUCUGUGAGCUGACGGAACAGGAAGUGGACGAGCUGGGUUAUACACUCUACUGUGCCCUCUCAGAUCCUGAAGGGCUGCUUAGAACUGCCAUGGCACAACCCCCUCAUCCAUGACGACCUUCCCCCAACGCAGCAAACGUGGACUGAAAUGUCAACCACACAGAUGUGUGGCCAAUAGUGACCUCCAGCCAAAAUGAGGGUCCUGGAGAAAGAAAAGGAAAAAACUGCAUGGAAUCAACCUCUCUCCUUAAACACAGUCUCUUAAUUUCUAAAUGCCUCUUCACAAACAUUUGUGACAAAAAGUGUGAUACACAGUCGCAGUUACUUCGUGUUGAUCCGUUUGCCACAAAAACUGUAUGUGGUGUCUUCAUCCAAAUAUUUUCAUCUCAGUUGAAAGCUAAGGGUCACUGGAAUUCAUGGCUCUCACCAAAGCCAUUGUAUUAGUAAGCUAAAAGCAGGCAUGUUGUUCGGGCAUCACACAGCGGGACGGAGGGCCUGAACCUUGGAUCGACUGAUUCUUAUGAAGUGGAUAAUGUCAUAUUCGUGCACUUUUUUAUCGGGUAGAGAGUUUUAAGAAUACAGAACUGUCUGAUGCUGUUAAAGUCACCAUGGUCACAACUGUGUAGAGGGAUAGACUGUGAUGUUGAUCGUGUGUCUGCCAAGCUAAUAAACUGUUGAUCAGCC